AUGCAUUACAUCUUACAUUAUGCAGUUUCCAAUUCCUCACGUCCAACUGUUCUUUCCCCAGACUUCCUUUUCUCUCAUCUUUCGUGUGCCACCAUCAUUUAUUACUGCCAAAUAAUGCCUUUUUGCCACGCUCUCACACUUUUUCUCACUAAUAUUAAUAACUGUUUAUGUCUUUUAAAACUCAUCGAGGAAGCGAGUUUUUUCUUCGCCGCUAAGGAAUUCAAAAGAGUCUCCAAGCCUUUUUGUGUAACGAAUUAUUCUCCACCCUUCAACCUCCCUCCCUAUCUCUCUCUCUCACUCUCUCUCUCUCUCUCUCUCUCUCUCUCUCUCUCUCUCUCUCUCUCUCACAGGCGGGAUGUGCUACAUAUUGCGAAUUUUUAUAAUGUCUUAACUGACAGCAUGCUUCCUUCCUUCCUUCCUUCCUUCCUUCCUUCCUUCCUUCCUUCCUUCCUUCCUUCCUUCCUUCCUUCCUCUUCUUUCUUUCAUUCAUUUAUUCAUUUCUUUCAUUCAUUUUAA